AUGAAACGCCUCGUGACGUCAUCAUCCACGGCGGUUACUGUAGCUGCGGAUCUCGAGGAUACUGUAGUUGUGAAAUGGAGACGUGACGUCGAUUGGAUUCAGAAGAUGAGGAAGGAUAUGAUGGCGCCGGUGGAUACGAUGGGAUGUCACAAGUUGGCGGAUCCGUUGGCCAAGCCGGAGGUCCACCGAUUUCAAGUGCUCGUCGCCCUGAUGCUCUCCAGUCAAACCCGAGAUGAAGUCAACGCGGCUGCUAUGAAAAGACUUAAAGAUCAUGGAUUAUCGAUUGAAAAGAUUCUGGAGUUUCCCGUACCAGAUUUAGAGCGAAUUUUGUGUCCAGUCGGGUUUUAUAAGCGAAAAGCAGUGUAUCUCCAGCAAACUGCGAAAAUUCUCGUCGAUAAGUAUUCUGGAGACAUCCCGGAUUCACUAGACGGCCUGUGCUCUCUUCCAGGUGUCGGACCGAAAAUGGCGAAUUUAGUGAUGCAAAUCGCGUGGAAUAAGUGUGAAGGAAUCGCUGUGGAUACGCAUGUUCAUAGGAUUUCGAAUCGAUUAGGCUGGAUCAAAACGGACACUCCUGAGAAAACGCGAAAAGCCCUUGAAAUUUUGCUCCCAAAAUCUGAAUGGCAACCGAUUAACCAUCUUUUAGUGGGAUUCGGUCAAAUGCUCUGUCAGCCAUUGAGACCGAAAUGUUCCACGUGUCUUUGUCGAUUCACUUGUCCCAGUUCGACAGAUAAGAAAAUGAAAAAGGAGGAAUCGGAUGAGGAGGCGGGGCCGAGUGAAAAACCAAAAAAACUGAAAAUCGAGGUGGAGAAGGAGGUGAAAAUUGAGAAAAUUGAAGAGGAAGAAUCAGUGGAAAUUGAGAAACCGAAGAAGUCAAGAAAAGCCACGAUAUGA